AUGCCUAUCAAGGUCAAAUCCAAGAAGCUUCCUGCUCCCCGCGAGGGGAGCCCCAUCUCCAUCCGCCACGACUACGAAAACGAUUUGCCUUAUAUCAGCCCUAACGAUAGCUUCCGCGAGGUCGUCAAGAAGCUCUCCCUAUACUUUGUUGCAGCUAUUGAGCUGCCCAGCACCUUUGAGCAGCUGAGGACUACAGCUGCGGGGACAUCGUUACGCAUCCUAGUGGAUCAUCUUGCUGCAACAUGCACCAACCCUGCUAUCGUCAAUGCUCUCCUCGCCCUGAAAUGGCAUUAUACGUCUUCUUCAGAACAUCGCACAUUGGGAGAAUCCCGCGCUGAUGCAUGUGAAAUCGUUGCAUGGCGCUUUCUCACUCGACUUUCUGAACGUGAAGCAGUCAAUUACUGUCUCUACGAGAUCCCCGACUCUAAUGAGGAUCACCAAGAAGAAGAGGCCGGUAAUGGUCAUGUCGGAGCAGAGGAAGCUGGAGAGCACGCUCCUCUUCUCUCCCAUGUUCGCAACAUUGACAACCGUCGACGUGGUCCUGGCCCUGCUGGGAGUAGCAUGAAGCGGAAUCAACUUCUAAGUUCUCUCUCCCGCUUGACUAUGACAUCCGAUGACGAGGACAAUGAGGAUGACGAUCCAACAUCGUCUUUUAAGAACCUGAAUGCUCUCGAGAUUGCCGCCAUUGCCGACGCAAAACGCUUCCUCAGUCAGCACAUAGUGCAGAAGAUCAUCACCGCUAUAUGGAGCGGCGAUAUCGUCUUUUGGGACAGCUUAUCGGUGCACUCAACCAAGAAGGUCCGGUUCUAUAACCCUAGGACAGCGGACCCCUUUUCUCGGUUGCGUGUGCCCAAAUAUCUCAAGUGCUGGGAGGUGGUGUUCUUCUGCUGUUUCCUCGCCCUGUACUACUGUGUUCUCAUUGUGCGAGACGAGUCCCGAAUCACCAUCCCUGAGGUGAUCCUUUUCUUCUGGAUAGCGGCCUUCUUCUACGAUGAACUUAGCGAGUGGCUCGAUGCAGGCUCCAUCUUUUAUGCCACAGAUAUCUGGAAUUUGUUUGACAUGAUCAUGAUCACUAUCGGUUUUACUUUUGCGAUCCUGCGCACUAUUGGUAUCCUCCAAAACAAACCUGAGUUGAGUGACCUGGCAUUUGACAUUCUGGCGCUUGAGGCCCUUUUUAUGAUUCCUCGCAUCUUUUCCAUCCUGAGUCUAAGCCCAGCUUGGGGUACAUUGAUACCUUGCUUGAAGGAGAUGGGUAAGGACUUCUUCAAAUACAUGGUACUGGUUGUUGUCGUAUACUGCGGCUUUCUGACGACCUUUUCGCUCGUUGGUCGCGAUGUCUUUGCAUUCAAGUCGAUGGCUUGGAUCUUGACGAAGAUAUUCUACGGCUCAGCACCCAUCGGCUUCGAGGUGAUGAACCAGAUCGAUCCGUUCUUUGGACCGCCUCUGAUGAUUAUGUUCAUCACACUUUCUAGCUUCCUGCUGAUGGGUUCCCUGACUGGUAUGCUUUCCAACAGUUUCUCGCGGGUUAUCACCCACGCUAAGGAGGAGUACCUGUACGUGUACAGCGUCUAUGUCUUGGAGGCGUCGACUAGCAACCGACUCACCCAUUUCUAUCCUCCCUUCAACCUACUCGCUCUGGUCAUUUUCCGACCUUGGCGUCUGAUCUUUUCGGCGGACGAGAGGUUCCGUGUCGGGCGUAUCAUGCUCCUCAAGGCUACUCAUUGGCCUAUUGUUAGCAUCAUCAAGCUGUAUGAAUUGUACCGCAAGCCUGGAGCUCUGGAGGACGAAUUCGCAGGGUUCAAGGGCCCGUCGCACUCUUCUAGGCGCAACGGCAGACAGGCGAUUGCCCCGAAGCGAUCUACAUCCACCGUCGGUCGCCAGGCUCUUAGAUCUCCUAGAGGGCGAACAAAUGGUCAAACCGCCGAGCAGCGUGAGGAUGAUAUGGAUGCCCCAACUGCCAUGGAGGUGCACCUCAGUGAGCUGAAUCACAAGAUUGACCAACUCACUGCGGUUGUUCUGGCGAUGCAAGAGAAGCAGGCUGGUGGAAGUGGCGGUGGAAGCUCAGAUGCGAGUGCCACCGCCGCCUAA